CGGGCCGGCGGGCUUCAUACACUACAAAUUCAUACACUACAAAUUCAUACAAUACAAAUUAAUAAAUCCGCACAAGACGGAAAUUAGAAAGACGUACAAAGUAAAAAAUGGCUUCUAAACUACAGAACAGCAAGUUGGGGUUCAUCGGAGGCGGUAACAUGGCCGGUGCCAUUAUCGGUGGUCUUGUGGCUAAGGGCAUUGGCAAACAGAAUAUUAUCGUCUCGGAGCCUUGGGAGGUGAAUCGGGAUAAGAUUGGGGCGACGGGGGUGCGCACCACCGCAUCUAACGCUGAGGCCUCGCAAGAUACGGAUCUCCUCGUCCUCGCAGUGAAGCCGCAGGUUACAAAGGGUGUAUGCCAAGAGCUCGCCGGCGCUUGGGCCGAGCGCGCGUCCUUACCCUUAAUUGUCUCUAUUGCCGCAGGUAUCACGCUGGAGAGCCUCAAGGAGUGGCUGAAGCUCGCCGACGGACGCACACCCCACAUCAUUCGUGUUAUGCCUAAUACACCUGCAUUGCUAGGUGAGGGCGCAUCGGGCCUUUUCGCGAGUGGUGACGUGUCGCAAGAAGAGAAAGACUUGACCGCCGCACUACUAGGCAGUGUGAGUAAGGUGGCCGAGUGGGUGGAUCGGGAAGAGCUAAUCGACGUCGUCACCGGCCUGUCAGGAUCCGGACCUGCCUACUUCUUCGCUAUGGUUGAGCAUUUGAUCGAAAGCGGGAUAAGCUUAGGGCUCUCGCGGGAGCAGGCAACGCGCCUAGCCAAGCAGACUUGCUUUGGGGCGGGCAAGAUGCUAGUUGAAUCGUCUGAAGAGCCGGCGCAGCUGCGAAUCAAUGUUACUAGUCCCAAGGGAACUACGGAAGCCGCCCUAAAAAGCUUCGAUGCCUCGGGAUUCAAGGACACUGUCAAUAAAGCCGUGAAGGCGGCGGCCGACCGAGGCAAGGAGCUAGGAGAGACUCUUGCCAAGUCAUAACUCAACGCCGAGUCCUUACUGGUUAGUUACCUUAGGUCCCUAUUUUGGGAACGUUAAAAGUUCCACCAAGCUGGGUUCAAAGCCACUUAUUGCCAACUAAGAUUGGAGCAAUAUAGGUCUUAAGUUGACUAGUACUGUCGAGUCAAUCUGUGCAUGUGCGUGAUGAUAUUAGGAACAACAGAAUAAACAGAACAAAGCAGCAAUUGUUACGUCCAGUUCAAGUCUCAUAGGAGGUACUCAUAUGCUCUUACUAGUAGCCUUGCCCCUAGAGGCUAUGCAAAUCUAGUUGAGUGAAAUUUACUAUGCGUCCUGGUAUGUGAGCAAUGUCAUAUUCCGCACUUCGUCUCUUGAGACGGGCAUGUCAUGUGGAUAUUGCAUCGCAUUCGGUUACAGUUUUCGUAGUCACCUGAAAGUUGUUAAAACGACUGAAGCAGUCAUAUUCAUCAAUAUCCGAUCAUCAGACUAGCGAAACCAACAGAAUUAAGUCCCCU